CCGUAACCCUAGAUUUACAGUCUGCCGCGCCAAAGCUCCCGUUACAGGCUCGACAGACAUCAAGCAUUCAAGCCUGGCCGUCUUUCAUCCCAGGACUUGCGAGCUGGAGUGAGUCUAAACAGCGAAGUUAUCAGUGCUGUUCCCCCCCCCCCCCCCCCCCCCCCCCCCGCCGGAGAAUUACUACAAUGGCGACUGCUCAGGGCAGCCAGAACAAUGGGGAUAUCUUGAUGCUGGAGGCCGCUCAAGAUGCCUCUCGUCCCUGGUCAAGCGCUUCCAAUGCCGAAAUUAUAGACGCGUUGCCCUACAUUGACGAAGACUAUGGAAAUCCUUCCAUCAAGGCAGAAGUAGACCGCCUGGUGGAGGAAGAAAUGCGAAGGAGUUCCAAGAAACCCACCGACUUCCUGAAGGACUUGCCUCCCUUACCUCGCUUCAGUUUCGAGAGCUAUCCAAUGCUUGCCAAAGAAUAUGAACGCGUGAGAGCAGGGAAGCCUCCAGUUGCUAUUGAUUUUUCGCGAUAUGCACAUUUGGAUCAGCCUUCUGCAAAUAAGGUGAAUGAUGAAACCGCCUGGAAGCAGUCACUUCAGAGAGCACAACGCUUGCUUCAGCAUCAAGUCCUUAGGGUGGAGAACUUGGACUUGAUGUCAAAAUAUGGUCCUGAUAUAUGGGUACAGAACAACCAGCAACUAGAAGGAAUGUUAUCCAGGAUGCAGAAACUGGCUCAGGAACACAAUGAAAAGAUUGAAGCAGUAAACCGUGCGAGGAAGUACCAUCAGCAAACAACUGCAUACGAGCUGAAUGCCCUGUCAACACAGUGGAAAGAGCUUACCUUGAAAAAUAUCGAAAUUCAAGCAGCAUGUGCCAAUGUUCAGAGACAGAUAGAUGAGCUGAAGGGAGAAGCCUCCGAGAGAGGAUGGAACUUGGAAGCCAGCAUAGAGAAUGGUUCUCAGUUGCACUGAGAAAUUAUCAGGUAGCUUUUUCCUUUUUUUACAGCCGAUAUCUUUCUAAUUAUGCAUGUCACACCAGUAAUGAAGACGAUUUAAUAGGAAGUUUGUUGGUCGAGCUGCUCUAUACAUGAUUGAAAUGUUCCUUCUGAUUGAAAUCAUUAUCAGAUGCGUGAUGCUGCAUAUCUUUGCUUGUUUGGCUGGAAAUCAAUCGCAGUUUAUAGCGACAUGCUUCUAAACUUCUAACAAAGCUUCCGGCCUUCUUUAACGUAUGUGGGAUUUUGGUGCAGGAUGAUAAGUAGGAAGGGAGAAAUGAAUCUAUACUCUCUUGUUAGAAGUAGCGUGGUACACAAUCAGGAACUUGCUGCAUGCUGUUCAGUCAGCCUAUGGUGGUUUCAAUCAUUCAUCUGUUUCAAUAGCCUCGCAGCGGCGAGGCUCAACAUGAUAUGAGAUGAGAGGUCGUGGUUUAAAAGUACUGUAAACAUAGUAUGUUGAGCUUGUAGCCAUUUAUGGAGGGUUACUGAGAACCAGAUCAAGUCGUUAUGUGUUUAGAAUGAGAGUGGAAGACUAGCCUACCAAUUGCCAGUAUAUAUAAACAUAUAAAUGUUGCAACUUGCAAGUAUAUGAUGCAAAAUUACAAGUUUCCGACAGACGGUCUUUCCAAGCUAUGAGGUACACAUCCAUUGCAAUGUUUGAGAUCGAAUCAAUAAUUAGUGAUCAUAUUUCAUGCAUUUAUGGAAGAAGGUUGUAAAUUGUAAAACCAUUAGAACUACUCUUGAUAAACUUCUAAUUAGCAUUCUGUAAAUACAAUUUAUUAGCCAAACUUAACAAACUUUUCAAAUACAAAAGAGUAAAUACAAUUUAAUAUCCAAACAUUUCAUUUUAAACAAUAUAAUAGCCAAAUCUUUUUGAAAACAAUCUAAUAUCCAAAUCGUCAACCUUCCGUUCGUUUGAUCGUUAGUUGACACUUCAAAAAAGCUUUGUUUAGGUGAAAUUGUCACAAUACAACUUUGUUUCUUGUUGUGGCAUUGCAGAUGACUGAAUAUUUAGAUAUUCUAUACCAUCAUGGUGGAGUCAUGGACUUCUCGGGUUUGGAACUACGAUAUGUUGGUGGUUUUUCAGAGAAGAUAUCGAUGGAUAUUGAUGAAAUGUCGUACUUCGAACUUUUUUGAAGUGUCAACUAACGGUCAAACAGACAGAAAGUUGACGAUUUGGAUAUUAGAUUGUUUUCGAAAAGGUUUGGCUAUUAUAUUGUUUAAAAUAAAAGGUUUGGAUAUUAAAAUGUAUUUACCCAAUACAAAAUAUUAGCUGUUGGGGAAGUGUAAGUAGGCCCAAGCCCACAAAGAUGGAGUGAGAAGGCAGGCGCAAAUGUUAACUUCUCGUUAUUAGUUUUGUGAGUAAUAUUGACUUGGUAACAUGAUACUGAAUUGAAAGAGACAAGUGACUAUCAACAUUUCAAAAUUUUGUAUUUUAACUAAAAAAAGAGUUAUAAAAUUGCCAAUGAUAAUAAAUAAAUGACUAAUAUUUUGAUGUUUUAUAAAAACUCUUACUAAUAUUUUGUAUUUCGAUAUAUUUAACUAAUAAUUUAUGAAGUUUGAAAAUUUUGACUAAUACAUUGUAUUUACCUAUAAAAACACUACAUUAACGAAAAAGGAGUCUUUAUAAUUCCUAUUAAGUUGCUCUUGGGAUUGAAUAGAUGGAAAUAAUUUUUUAUUCUACCUAUUUUUUUAAAAAAUUGAGAUUACCAAGAGAUCUCUCUUGAAAUGAACAAAGUUUACAAGAUAAAUGAGAUGUUUGAACGACCUGAAGUAUACUCUUUGAUACUUCAAUCAAUAUAAGAUAUACAUACAGAAUAGAGAAUAUAAUAAAGGGAGCUAGUUAACAAUAUACCUAGAAUCACAAUCAGAUGUGUCAAUUUAAAUCCAAUUUGCCAAUCAAAUUCAUCCAAAAUU